ACGUUUCACUUUUCAGGUAUUGAAGUUGAGAGAUGUCUGCGCCAUAACAGCCAUCGUUUCUUGCUAAACUGUGGUGCCAAAUCAUUGCCGGGGACAACAGAAAAGCAAAAGUAUCAUAAUGCGACCUCUUAACUUUUUACAGCCAGCUUGGAGGGCCACAAUCGUACUGAAUGCUGGGAUAGGAAGCAUGGCUGCUACGGGAAAGAGAUCGGUUCUGUUCGUCUGCCUCGGUAAUAUUUGCCGUUCCCCUAUGGCGGAAGCGGUAUUUGCCCAUACUGUCAAAGAACAUGGAUAUGCUGAUGAAUGGACAAUUGAUAGUUGUGGAACUGCUGAUUAUCAUAUAGGCAAGCAACCUGACAAACGCGGUAUUGCUUAUUUGAAGAGUCAAAACAUUCCUGUUAACCAUCGUUGCCGGGAGAUAACCCAGGAAGAUUUUACAAAAUUUGAAUACAUUUUUGGAAUGGAUAACAGUAACAUGCAAAAUAUAAAUCGUGUUAAACCCAAAAAUUCUACUGCAAAAGUUGAACUGUUUGGUUCAUAUGACCCCAAAGGUCAACUUAUUAUUGAAGAUCCUUACUAUGGAGGAGAUGAAGGUUUUGAAGAAGUUUUUGAGCAGGUGACCCGAUGCAGUGAGGGAUUUCUUAAAAAGAUUUAUGGAAAACCAUGAUAGUUCCCUUCCUUGUAGAUGUUCUCCAGUUAAAUCUCUG